UUUUCGACCAGUUCUGGAAACCCUUUAUGACUUCUGGAGCAAGAUUCACUCCAAAUACCGCUGAGAUGAAGCCAAUACAGAUUACCGCUCUUGCAUUUCUGGUCACGGCCGUCAGCGGCUGGAAGCUGCAGUGGGAUGCCGGCAUAAACAUCAACUGCCAGGUCUAUGACAGCUUCACCAACUUUACGGUCAGGGUCUGGGAAGGACAGUGCGACGGGAACGCAGCCGCCUGCAAUCCGUCCGGUGGGGCCAACUACUCUUCCACCGCCACGACGUGUCACGACGACAUUUACAAUGGUGGAGUCAUCACCGCGACCGAGAAUUGUGAGCGCGAGAUCGGCAGAGGCGCUGCCCUGAUGGUCAGUGGGUGUUGCCAGUUCUUCAGUAGCCAGGACUCAUGUUCCGGCACGCCGUAUCUGGAAUUAGCUGAGGGGGCGUGUGAGGACCCGAUUCAAAUCACUAAAUUCACCUGUAGUGAUGAGUGUUGAUGUAAGAGGGGCACUGUUGAGGACUUUGCCGUCCAGCUUUUACUGGAAGUGGGUCUCGG